AUGGCGCAGCCCCCCGGACUGGAGUAUAUCCAGUACCAGCACGGGCUGGAGUCUCAGUACCUCCCGGCCAUCAGAUCACUCAUCUCUAAAGACCUUAGCGAGCCCUACAGCAUCUAUGUGUACCGCUACUUUCUUUGCCAAUGGGCACAUCUAUGCUUCAUGGCUCUGAACCCAGCCGACUCAUCGCUCAUCGGAGUCAUUGUCUGCAAGCUUGAGGUUCAUUCCUCCCACUCCCCUCCCACCCGUCGGGGCUACAUCGCCAUGCUUGCGGUGUCGUCGCCCUUUCGCGGCCACGGGGUCGCCACCGCCUUGGUAAAACGAGCCAUAGACGCCAUGGUCAACCGGAAUGCCGACGAGAUCGUCCUCGAGACGGAAGAGACCAACGUCCCGGCCAUGAGGCUCUAUGAGCGGCUAGGCUUCCUAAGAUCCAAAAAGUUGCAUCGUUACUACCUCAACGGCAACAGCGCUUAUCGACUCGUCCUCCCGCUCCGAGAUGUAGACUCAGGCGGCACCCCGGACUAUUACGGUGACGACGUCACUUGA